AUCUUAGGCUAAAUCUUGCGCGUUCAAUGAACUAAAUAAUCAAAAUAAUAAUGUAACUAUUCAACCAUUUUAAAAAUGUGACGUUUUUAUUGAUUAGGAAUGUUUUCAAGUGUAAAUUCAUGUAAAGAAAGUUUAAAAUCGCUAAAUUUCUCGUUUGUUACGCGCAUGCGUAUUGCCUGCGGACGGACGUGUGUGAUGACUACAGAGCGGCCAUGUUCUAGCGAGUCAAGUGCGUCAAGUGCUUUGCGAGACGUCAAAUGCACGCAAAAACUAAGCGACUUCUCGCGAGUUCACGACCAGAAUAAAACCCUUUAAACUGCCCCGUAAAAACCCAGCCUGUACAUCUUAUCGUACAAUAGCUGAAGUGCAUCAGAGUGUUUGCUUGUGAAUACAGUUUACAUAGUGACGAGUGUCUCGCCGCGCAACCGAGGAUAUUGAGGGCGAGCCAAUUCCUAUCCAAACUCGAGCGAGAACGAAAAAUCAUUCAGCAAAGAUAGAUAUCGCAUGCAAAUCGACGAUUACACACCGAUUACAGUGCGUCGAAGAGUCAUCGGAUGUUCCAUCGACGGUUAUACGAGCGCAGGCGUGAUGUGCGAAAGCAUUGUUGAUCAACAGCGGUCUAGCGUCUGAUUUGUGAUGAAUCUGGCCUGGAAGCGCUGAUUUCGAGGAUUCCGUGAAGGAUUCAUGUGUGAUAUUAUCAUUUAGUAUUUGAGCAGAGCGGAUUAAAAUGCCUGGCCCACCGCCACCACCACCGCCAUCGGGAUGUCCACCACCACCAAUGCCUGCCUUCGUCCCGCCGCCAGCCGGCAAGGGCGGGAAAGGCGGCGGCGACGAGCGUUCUGCAUUGCUGAACGCCAUUCGCAAGCAGCCGAAGUUGAAUCGUGUCGAUAAGGCGCUUAUUAACGACCGGAGUGACCCGCUGGCGACGUCAAGCGCUUCCAGUAAACCUGCGGCGAAGGCGGGUGGAUCACCAACACAUGUGGGUGGUGGAUCCAUGAUGAAUGGACCACCGAAUGGUCUCGGCGGGUUGUUUCAAGGCGGGAUGCCUAAGCUCAAGAGUGUUAAUGCUAGGAAUAAUACUGGUGUUAGCAGUCCAAGUUCACAUUCUAUGACAAAUGGACCUGAUUCAGCUCCACCAUCGAUGAUGAACAACACGGGGAAUUCCUUCGGUGAUAUUCAGAGCGAAUUAAGGAAGAGGUUGAACAACGAGAGCAGGAAUACAAGUCGAGGACCGGCGCCGCCAGCACCCUCUAGGAAUAUAACUAACGAAUUAUCUAGUCUGCAAUCAAAGAACGGAUAUCAAUUAAAUAACAAAACGAACAAUAGUCACUCGCUGCAUCGAAAAACGCAGAGCAACGGCAAUUUCAACACGCUGGAUUCGCCAACGUCACGAAACAAUAACCACACGCCCACGUCGACCGCAACCACACCGGCGAAGGGAAACUUCGGCAAACCGCAUUUAGCACCAAAGCCACCGGUUUUAGAAAAACCCACCAACACGCUGACCAAUGGCAAGCUGCGCAAGUCGAACAGCGUGCGACUGUCUAGCUCGCCGCUGUCGGCCGCCCCCGCGCACUACAACAGCCUCAAUCCGCUCGGCCUCACCGCCCACCAGCUGGACUCGGAGCGAUCACGCACGCUCGGUGGGAGCACGCCGCACUUGUCGCAGAUUAAACUUAGACCGAUUAAUGGUCGUCCGACUGUACCACCUCCGUCGAUACCGGCACAGAAGGUGAAACCACCUUCGCAUGCUCCGCCUCCGCCUCCAUCAGCAGCGCCUACCACUCCGCUGCCAGCGGCGCCUACGCAUGCGCCUCCACCGCCGCCUCAUAGGUCUGUUCCGCCUGUUCCGACGAGAGCUGCACCAGCCGUACCUACUAUAGCCCCAGCUCCGCCUCCACGGAAUUCCUCCAUGCGGCCCUCGGUGUCAGCGUCCAGCUUUGAGAAUCGGUACGUUUUUCGACCAAUGGCCGACCUACCCCCACCGAUGGCGUUCCGCAACGUGGAGAAGGUGUACAACACGGCGCGACAAGCCGGAAAGCAGCAGGCACCGCAACCACCCUCCGGGGGCGGCGUUCAAGUCGCGGCGGUGCCGCAGCAACAGCUGCAGCUCGUCGGCGGCCAUCGGCUGUGGGAGUCGUCGACGUGCUAGCGUUUAACCAACCUGAUUAAGCUCAAUGCGUGCAAUCUGACGUUUUUCAAAUGACGACUCGCGCGCGCGGUGACGAUCAGGCGGAAGCUGGGGGCGGCUCAAGUCAAGCGACUACUCUUUAAAUGAACACGCUGUUUAAACGAAAACAAGAACACAAAAAUUUGACGAACAAACAAGCAAAAAUUAAUCAAUUGAAUGGAGUUGUGAGAAAAUGUGAUUAAAAACAAACCGUGUGAGUGUGUUGCGCUAAAAAGAAAACACUAGUAAUAAUAAUGAUAAAUAAUGUUGUUAGUCUUUUUCUGGCUGUGGUUUUAAAUAAUUCAUAGUUCAAUACAAUUUUGUUUGAGUAAAAUAAUAAAAAAAAAAACGCGUUAAAACUUGAAAAUCAUAACGAAUACGACUACAACUAUUGAAUUAUUUAUACUUAUACUUAAAUGUUGUAUUAUACUGGGCGUGCAAUUAACACAUGUUUAUAAUUUAGAGAGUAUAACUUGUAACAAAGCACCAAUUAUGAUAACUUGAGGUUGAGAUGUCGGAGAUGUUGGAAGGGAGGGCGAGAAGCGUGUGGCUGUGUCACACUUUAUAGGCAAUAAUUAACGAUAGUUGGAACAAAAUUUGUUCACUUCCGAAAUCUUAACAUAUCGACGCUCAAAGUCAAAAACAAAAGAUGUGUACUUACAACUUUCACGUUGCGCGUUAUCAUUAUGUAGUAAUUAUUUAUUUGUAUAAUGUACUAUUGUAAUUACGUUCUUCGAUUUAUUUACCAGUUGUAUUUAUUCGCUAAGCAUUAUUUACGAUUACUACUAUUUACUAGUCAUUUUGCGACGGCGAGCGCGAAAUAUUAACUUUUUUUUUAUUAUUGUAUCGCAUAUUAUUUACGUUAUCAUUAAGCUAUUAUUCUGUAUUAUUGUAUUGGAUGCGCAGGAUGCGGAUGGAAGGAUGUAGGAAAAUGUUGCAAACAAGCAAACACAAACUCAGUGCCUAUUUUAAAAUGAAAAUGUUAAUAUUUAAAGCUCGUAUCAAAAGUUACGCAAGUAAAACACGAAAUCACUUGUUAAAGUAAAUGAACUUCAAGUCAUGACUAACAUGAUGUGUGGAUAAUAGGAAAAUAAUCACAUAUAUACGAUUAGUGAAUGGAGAGCUUAGAAUUCAUGUACAUACCCGAUUAUAUAUGUAAAUAUAAUAUGUACAAAGAGUAUUAUAUUAAUAAAUUAAUUCGAAUUAA